AUGGAAUACGUGAACUCGGUGAACUGGUCUGGGAUACUUGAACCCUACAUGGCCGGUUGCGAGUGGUUUACGGACAUGUUGAGCGAGCCAAUCCCACCUGACUGGAAUCCACAACUUGCAAGUGCAGGACCGGCAACCCCGGCUCCACCUACAAACGACUCGCUGGCAGUCUCCACCCACGUCGAUACACCCAGUAGCCAACCUCAUCAAGUCGGCAACCCCAACAUGGACGAUCAUGUUAUUCCCGUGGCCUUUGGGGAUAUACAGACUUCUGCCGCGGGUGAUGAUAACUCCCCCCAAGCUGUCUCCGUUGAGGAUCUUGGACCUUUUGAAAUUGUGACUACGGGCAUCACUCAAGCGGAACAGAUGACGGCUGGAACAUUUGACCCUGCCAGCCUCGCCCAGGCUCCCAUGAUCCUCAAUUCAGGGUCUAUGGACCAGACUCAUACGAAUUACUAUACUUGUGAUGCCUCCAACCAGAUGGGUACUCUGGCGGCCACACACUCCAUGGGCAUAGACCAGGCUCAGUAUAGCGCAGCUAUACGGAAUUAUCACAACCCCGCGCAGCUUUAUCGCACGUCCGCAGGAGAGUAUUUCAACAAGGUCCCUGUGAGCUCCUACGCCACUCCACCGGUCGAACACGCAGUGGAUGCAUUUGGACCUUUCCCCAGCCAGCAAAUGGUUCCUUCACCGGGGAGCCAUACCGGCACGCCUCCAUACCGAGUUGCUGCCGCAGGGGUCCACCAGGGCUUCAACACACCUGGCAACCAACUUAAGACCACCAGUGCGACCCACUCGGGUAGCACCUCGAGCAGUUCGGGCAUGCGUUUCCAACGUCACAGUAUCCCUCAGCCGGGCGCUUUGGAUCCUCGCCAGUUCUUCUCCCCCACGCAGGUGGAAUUUGGACAGCAGCCUCUCGGACUAUCGACUGCUGCAACCCAACAGGGUGCGCAAUCUGUUGCCGAAAGUUCCCAGGUUUUCGUCAAGACUCUGCAGUCUAGCCCCCCCGUUCAUUCCCCCAAACAACCAAGCUAUGGAAGAGUGGUCGCUGCAGGAGCACCAACUAUCUCAGGCGGGGAUGUCCAGGGUGGUGUAAAAGAAAUCGCCUCCAAAGAGCCUGUUUCGAUGCAUUCGGGUCCGGAUACGACAGCCGUAUUUCAUCAAGCCCCGACUGCCCUUCAACCUCAGAGUCCGGCCCCCCAGCCCAGCUAUGCGCCGGAUGUCCGCAUGCUUAUGGACCCGGCUGCUUAUAACGUGAACACUGCAACCAAGUUCGGUUCUCUCACCGAAGCCCGGGAGGCGAAUCGGUCCCAGUCUGCAAUCCAGGCGGACGACACGAUUCCGACCCUUGAGAUCCAAAAGCGGGCCAUUGUGAAAGCCUUGACUGACGCGGUGCUUGGCACGACGCACGCUGAAGACAAUCCAGGCAUGAUCAAGCCGUUUACUGACGGCAAGUACAGUGUCAGCCGCGUCGAGACCGCGUGUUGGGAGCUACUUGAAAGCAUGAUCUCGCGACAGACGGCUGGCCCGUUGGUGUCAGGUGUUGGGUCCAAGCGCAAGACCUUGGGCGACACCAUGACAUUCGCAGAACGCCUCACGAAGAUCCUAGAGUACUUGGCCACGCAGAAAACCAUCUGUAAGCAUCUCUUGGAUCCACUGUACAUGCAUCAAUUUGUCGAUGACCCUGUCGCUGCGUAUAAGCGCGUCAUUGCAAACAAGUCGCUCAACAAGCGCAAAGGGGAGGUGAUGAAUGCAGGGAAAGAGGCACUGGGCGCGAAGAAGACGACCAAACCUCCUCCGAGCCAGAGUGAGGCCGUGGGCCAGCAACCCAUCGUGGCUGCCAAUGUGACGCCGAUCACGACCCCCGGAAGCGUCUCAACUGGAGGAAAUGUGACACCGACCCCGACUGGUGGCCGCCGCUCCAUGGCUUCUUCUGCUCAUGGGGCCCCUUCCGUCUCGACCAACCCGGGUGACCCAAACUUCAUGAUCCUUCCGGGCAAUACUGGCUCGCUGUCUCGGCUUGGGCAGAGCCCGAAUGUACUACCCGCCGUUGCAGCAAGAAUCGCCGGUCAUGGUCAUCGCAUUGUCUCGCCUACAUCCCAUCCGCGAUUCAGCACCGGCUUCCCACCUCCACCGCUGGCACACCAGCAUCUUGCAUCUCAACCUCCCACUUGUGUUCGGCCUAGAGAGCUUCUUCAUCAUGCAGAGGAGACACUCGCAGGUAUUAUGCAACGUAGUAGGGCAGGGUCACCUCAACCACAGACCGCCGGCCCUGCCCAGAAUGAUCGGAAGAGGCGCGUAUCCGAUACAGACUUCGAAGAAAAUCCUUCAUCGGGCAAGAGACAGCAUUAG